AAAAUAGACCAAGACCGAAAAAGAAAACAAGUAAAACAGAGCCGAGAGGCGGGAGAGGGAGCUAGUCUGAGAUAGAGAGAGAGAGAUGACGAUCGACGACGAGAGCUCCGUCUACGUCGGCGGCCUUCCGUACGACGCCACGGAGGACAGUGUCCGCCGAGUCUUCGAUCUGUACGGCGCCGUCGUCGCCGUUAAGAUUGUGAAUGAUAAUACGAGCAGAGGAAAAUGCUACGGCUUCGUUACGUUUCGGAAUCCACGGUCGGCGAUCGACGCCAUCAACGACAUGGACGGCAGGACUGUGGAUGGGAGAGUUGUGAGAGUGAAUGAGGUGAGGACUAGAGGGGGGAGAUUAGGUUUUGGGAGAGGGAGAGAGAGGGAGAGUUUCCGACGGGAUGUCGAGAGGGGGAGGAACUGGGGGAGGGGUAGGGAGCAUGAGAUGGAGUAUGAUGAUGUUAGGGAGAGGUAUAGGGAGAGGUCUAUGGAGCGUGGGGAUAGGUACAUUGUUCGGUCAAGGGAGCGGCGGUCUGUUGAGUAUGAGGGGGAAAUAGAUGGGGGAUACGGUCGUGUACAUGGUGAUCAGGAGGUAAUGAGUGAGCAUUUCUCGGAUAGAGAACGUGUGAGGGACAGGGAUUUGGAAGAUAUUGAGCAAGGACACAGCAGGAGCCAUGAGCGGGGUUGGGGGAGAAGAAAUCGUACUGUGGAAUCUGAUAGAGAGAGGGAGAUGGACAGAACGGAGCUUCCAAAUGAUAUUGUUGAGAAGGAUAGAGAUCAACAGUCAAGGAGGUGGAACGGUUCAAAUUCUGUUGACCGAAAUAGUAGGGAGCUUUUAUCCCAUUCAAGUGAUGAUUUCAGUGAUCAGGUAAAAGAACAGCUUGAAAGAUCCACACUGAGGCUUGAAGAAUUGAAAAAAGAGACUUCUGAGAUGGAAGAGAAGUUAGAAGAUGAAGGAAAACUGGUUUUGGAUUUACAGAAUCAAUCUAAGUUUUACUCCAAGUCUUUAUUUCACAUGCUAAACUUGGUUCUGGUCUCACUGAGACAGAAGCUGGAGGAUGCAUUGGUAAAUGCAAAGAAGAACACUUCACACCAGAAGAUGCAGUUGACCAAGCUACAUGAUUGCUUUAUGCAAGUAAAAGAUUACAGAGAAAGACUUAAAAGAAGUGAAGAUGAACUUCAGAUGCUGGUUGAAGCAGCAACAGGGGAAGAUGGCAUUGAUGAUGUUGGCUUGAGGGAUAAAAUCCUGACUAUUGGCAAUGCCUGAAGUCACGUUGAGCUAUGGAAGAAAACUGUAUCUGCAACAAAUACUGUAGUGUAUUCUUUCUCCUUUAUGGGUUGGGUGGUGAGGGUAGGGUGUCAUCAGUCCUUUUGAUAAUGUAUGAAGCUUUUGUAGAUUUGUACCCCCAAAGUCAGUGAAGGAUUAGCUUAUUAUAUCCAAGAUGUAUAUCAUGUAUCAUGCUUUCUUAUACGCCAGUGGUUUAGCAUCCUUUUGCUAUACAAUACAACUCUUAAAUGGAUCAACUAAAUAUUUAGUUGCUUUAAUAGAGGAAUUGUUUUCGCCA